CUAGAGGUUACAGGACUUCAUGGCACUGAUUUCUGUGAUCUCCCAUGUGUGUACACUCAGAAGACUAUGCCUGUGCACAAAGGGAACAUCCCACAUCAAAAUGACAUCAAUCAGUGGCAUCAUUUAAAGAAUAUUCACUUACCUGAACUGGACUGUGAGAUUGAGUUGCUGAUUGGCUCCGAUGUACCAAAGGCUCUGGAACCACUUCAAGUCAUCAGGAGUGUGGGAGAUGGACCAUAUGCCGUCAAAACAAUGCUCGGCUGGACAGUUAACGGACCUCUGGGAAGAAAAGAAGAUGAAAGGAAACCAGAAGAAGCUGUUGAGAGACUGGCUGAGCAGAAAAGAAGACAAGAUGAGGAAGAAAGAAAAAGGAUUGAAGAAGAGAAGGUUAGACGAGAGGAAGAGCAGAGGUUGAGGAGCCAAGAAGAAGCUCUUGAGAGGUUGGCUGAGGAGAAGCGGAGACAGGCUGAAGAAAGAAAAAGGAUUGAAGAAGAAGAGAAAGUUAGACGGGAGGAAGAGCAAAUGAUUUUGAGGAAGAGACAAGAAGAGGAGGAGCAGGUUAGGAGAGAAGAACAACAACAGCGUGAGAGACUAGAGGAGGAAAAGAAGAGACGAGAGGAACAAGAAAGAAAGAGAGUUGAGGAGGAAAGGAUUAGGAUGGAGGAAGAGAGGGUCCAGGAAGACAGGAGGAGAGAAGAGAGUAUCAGGAGACAAGAGGAAGAGUGUAGGUUAGCCCAGGAAAAGAGAAAGGAAGAAGAAAGAAUAAUUGAGGAAGAGAAAGUGAGAAGACGGGAGGUGGAAGAAUGUGAGGCAAAGAGGAAACUACAGGAUCAAGAAAAGAAGCAACAGGAGGAAAGGAUUUGGAAAAGGUGGAUUAAGGAGUAUCUUCCCCAACUGCAAGAACGACAGAAAUGGUCCAACAUAAGACGCAACUUCACACCAGGAGACAUCGUCAUCAUUGUGGAUGAUUCAGCGCCUCGCAACUCCUGGUUGACUGGAGGGAUUGUGGAGACCAUUAUGGACAAAAAGGGACUUGUACGUCAGCUUCGGAUCAAGUCAAAGACCGGAUUUCUGACCAGGCCCAUCACCAAAGUCUGCCUACUACUGGAGGCAGCGGAUCAUUGACUGACGCAAACUGACUUUUGACCCCUUGACUUUGUUCCUGAACACUUGACUUUGAUUAAUCACUCUUUCCUUGGACAACGUAUAUCGGAUUACAAAUAAUGAAGAAAGAAAAUAUAUUUACAUACUAUGUUGAUUGUUAUAUCAGCGGAGGGGGAGAAA